UGUUGGAAAUGAAAGCAGGCGUUAUGUGUGUUAUUUCUUACUCUCCUGCAGUAUUGAUAAUGAGGAUUUAUUAUGGCACAGUUGACAAUGAAUGCAAUGUGCAUGCGUUAGUGGGAGGGAUUAUCCACCAAGUAGGGCAAGUGGCUGAGGCUAAGGACUGCAAUUCCAUCGAGCCCAGUUCAUUUCAGUCAUCCGCUCAGUGCACAGACGGGACAAGGAGAGCAAUUUCAGCGCUGCAUAUUUGUCAAAGUUCCCCCCCACCCAAAAAAAAAAGCUUCAAGUGAAAAUGGUAAAGUACAUGCGACAGCACAGCGAGCUGAAACACGAAGAGGUCCUGUCGGAGUCUGAUGUGUCCGUGGACCAGCAGGAUUUUGGAGAGAUGUCCGACUAUUCUUUCAGCGACGUUUUAUACUCCAAAUGUUCCGCAAUGGACCAAAUCGGCACUUUUAUGAAGAACGUGCAAGUGCUGCUUGAUGCAGCAAAUUACAUAGAAAAUAUCGAGAAGAACAGCGGAAAAUGUGAGCAUGGGUAUGCUUCAACAUAUCCUGCAGCCCAGACUGUACACCAACAGAAACAGCGUAAAUUCAAGAACAGGAAACUGGACAAUAUUCACAAUAGGUCAGCACACAAUGAACUGGAAAAAAACAGACGAGCACAUCUCCGCCUGUGUUUGGAGAGGUUGAAGUCCCUCAUCCCCCUGGGACCAGACUGCAGUCGGCACACCACACUGGGACUGCUCAACAAGGCCAAAGCACAUAUCAAGAAACUUGAAGAGACGGACCGGAGGAGUCAGCACCAACUGGAGACCUUAGAGAGAGAGCAGAGGCACCUGCAGAGGCAGCUAGCCCAGCUGCAGACUCAUGGAGAGAGGGAGAGGGUCCGCACAGACAGCCUGGGCUCCCGUGUGGACUCUGACCGCUCGGAGUCUGACAGAGAGGAAAUUGAAGUCGAUGUGGAAAGCACUGAGUUCUCCCAUGGAGAAAUGGACAGUGUUAGCACCAGUGGUGCGAGUGACCUGGAUGACCACAGCAGCCGGCAGAGCUCAGCCAGUGAUGAGGGCUACUCCACUUGCAGUCUAAAACUGGCCUUCUCUGCUUAAAACACCAGCCUAUACUUUCACUUCAGCGGCAGUCUUUUACAGCUUUCACCUUUCAAAGUACCAGCCUACAGCUCAAUUCUCCCCCGCAGUUUAGGUUAACUAUCUUCAGAGAACCAGCCUCAAUCCCUCCUUUACCUGACAAAUGAAACAUCUCCUCCACCCCGAGAACCAGCCUUAAGUUCAGCUCAGUCUAAAAGUUUAAAAUGUCUCCUUCCAAAAACCAAGAGGCAUCUCUAUAUCAGCCUGAAAUAUUUUACACAAGAGCCUCAAAAUCUAACUUCUCUUGCAAUAUACAGUUUCCUCAUUUUCCAAGUUGACUUAACCCAUUACCACCUUGAAUUACUGAUACUCGCACUCAAUACCAAUCCUGUAGAGGACCCAUGACCCAUGAUCACACCAGUGUCCAACGCUGAAGGGGAAAGUCUACCUUUAGUCAAGCUGAUCCUCAGAAACCAGCAAAAACACAAACAAAUGCAAUACCAGCUAGACGCUCACCAUUGGGAACGUUUGCUCCAUUUGCCUUGUAAAAACAUUGCCCUUUUUCUUUGGAUAAUAAAUCCAGAUGGCACUUCUUGUCAGUGUACAAGUCAGUGGCAAGGGCUACAAUGUCUGCAUUCCAAAACGUUUAUUACACUUCUACAACCUCUGCUUUAGGACCCACAACCAUCAUUGAACCACGUGGUGUCCCUCUUCUUGACUGAAUUACAGUCAUAUCCAAACAGGUGGUACAGCCCACCCUUGUUACUCUAAUUUAUUUUGCAUAUGAUAAUAGUAUUUAUUUUUGGUAUAUUUAAUUUUACUGUAGCUAGGUCUUGGUCAUGCUUGAAUGAAAACUCUGCUGUUAAUUUUUUUUUUUUUUUUUUAAUGUUUACCAAAUUACUUGACAUGAACGGAAUCCCCAAUGAAGCAUAUGCAGUGCUACAGGUUUAAUGCAUUACUCAGUUACUUCUGAAAGAAUGACACAUCCCUUUCACAAUGUGUGCAAAUUUAAAUAUAACUGAGACAGUAAUAAGCUGCCCCACACUUGACCACAAGGCUCAAGCAAUAACGUGUCUAAUUUUAGCAUCAAUGUUGGCUGCAGUUGGCACAUUAUUCUGUCCGUCCAACAUCCGGUUGCAGUUUGAUAAUUUUCCAUUUGCUACAGCAGUGAUAUCAGUUAAUAAUAUCAAUUUUUAAUCAGAAGUUUUAAAAAACAGAUUGUGACUGAUUAAAAAAAAAAACACUGGUGCAUGCAUAUUGAAUGUAGCUUGUCUAAUCAUGUAAUGUGCUUUGAAUUGACAAGUCUUAAAAAAUGUCUGUAGCAUGAACAUAAACACUACAGAAUGCUAAGUUUUGUUUUUAAUUUCAUGCUUAAUACUGUAUCUUUUUUUGUAAUGUAGCAAAAAAAAAAAAAAAAAAAAGUUAAUAUACUUGAAAUUUGAAUUGUUAAUGGGAACCUUCCAAAGUUUGACAUAGAAAAGCACUGCUGACUCAUUAGAAUCCAUCGACCCAAAUAGGACAUUUCAACAAGACCAUUGAUCUGCAUUAUUUUCCCCAGUCCAAGUCCUACGUAGAUCACCGCCAAAUUGUGUCUUAAUAUGGUUAUAUGACUCUUGCACAAAGUUCCUUGUUACAGGUCUUUUUUCCCCACAGCCUGUUUGGGAAACUAUAAAAUGCACUAUGAAAAAGACUUUUGUUAAGGAAGUACAUCGAAGCACACCCCAGAAUGUUUUCUCUCGUGCUUAAAUCAGCCAUCCAAGGUGACUUUUUUGCAAAACAUGCUGCUGGUCCCGGCUAACACUUUGUAACAGUUCUUGAUAAUUGUCCCUGGAAUCCUAAUAAACCCAUAUCAUCCA